AUGGUCAAACCACAGAAUCUUCUGGCCGUGCUCAGCGCGCUUGUCCCUUCCAUCGCAGCUUUGCCCAUCGAGGACACCGGAGCAGGCUUUGCAAGCUACAUUAUCUCCCUCAAGCGGGGACUUAACGACUCCGAUAUCGACUCGCAUUAUGACUUCGCGAACGACAUGCAUCGUCGGGCGCUGGCUCGCCGCGGAGUGUCCCUUUCGCCGACGACAGGCGAGACGGGCAUCAUGAGCCGACACGAGAUCAACGAGCACCGAAGCUACGCCGCCGUAUUCGACGAAGCGACCCGUGAGGCCAUCGCAUCGCACCCACCCGUGGCGCUCGUCGAGCGGAACGAGAUCAUCAGCAUUGGGCACCAGAGCGACGCGCCUUGGGGUCUCGUUUCCAUGUCGCUCAACUGGACCUCGGGGACCCCGCUGGCCGCCGAUAGCUACCGCUUCUACAAGGACGGCCAGGGCCAAGGAAUGACGGCCUACGUGGUGGACACGGGAGUGCGCAUCACGCACGGCGACUUUGAGAAGCGAGCGGGUUAUGGCGCCAACUUUAUCAAGACGGAGGAUCACGUAGAUGGGACCGGCCACGGCACCCACGUGGCAGGUACCAUUGGCGGCAAGACAUUUGGCGUGGCCAAGCAGAUCAACAUCAUCUCAGUCAAGGUGCUUGAUAAGGAAGGUAACGGCCCCAUGGCGCAAACGCUCGAGGGCUUCCAGUGGGCCUAUCAACAUGCGCGCCGCAACAAGCGCCUCAACAAGUCGUUGGUCAACUACUCGGCUGGCGGCGAGGGCGCGACCAGCGCAGCAAUUCGUGAUGCGAUCCUCGAGAUGAAAAAGGCUGGCAUGGCCGUAUUCGUGUCGGCGGGCAAUGACGAUAUGAACGUGGACAACGCUUGGCCGGCCAAUGUGCCCGAGGUCUUUACCGUUGCGUCGGCCGGCAACACCGGCAAUAGACUCUGGCGUGCUCGCAGUAGCAACUACGGCAAGCUCGUCGACAUGUUUGGUCCCGGUGUGAACAUCCUAUCGUGCGGUCACAAGUCGGACAAGGCUACCGCUAGGCUGUCAGGCACCUCGCAGGCCACGCCGCAUGUCACGGGUUUCGCAGCCACGCUCAAGAGCCGAUUGGGUUCCAAGGUUGACUCAGUCGAUACUCUGUACAAGACGGUCCUCAGCUACGCCGUUCGGGGUAGAGUGGAGGACGCCAAGGGCAGCCCGAACCUCUUCCUCGCUAACGGACUCGAGGUCGUUGUUCGCCCUCCUACUCCUGGUCCUGGGUCUGGCACUGGUCUUCCUGUAAAGCCGCCCAUGUAGAAUGGAACUUAGUAGACCUACUGUCUUAUUCCGCCCUGGAUUCAAAUCAACUCCCAGAUGUCCAUA